UUGUUUGGCGUACAGGAAGUGUGUGUGGCCGUGUCCAGCCUUUGCCUGCAGAAUUGAAGGAGCUAACGGCAUCUAAUUGCAGCAAGCCGCUCAGUAAUUGCAACGAAAGAAAAAAAACAUAUAACAUUGUCAAAUGUCUUCAGGUGAUAUGAAUACCGCUGUACCCAACCAUCGAAGGACCAAGCCUGGCGGUAUAAAGACUGGGGUUGUGGCCAGCGGCAUGACUGGACCGACCUCCCAGAUCCCCGGUCUGUCCCAAACGGCAGACGAAACCUCUCCGGUGGAACGGACCACCGGCCGGCGAGUUGGGAUCUUUGAGUCGGACUCGGAGUAUGUGAAGCUCGCAAAGGGAGGUGGACACAAAGGGCUGCUGAGUCAUGAUGCUGACUCUGAUGACAAACCCAUGAAGCCCUACAAUCCACCCAACUGGUUUGGUGAUGAAUUAAAGAGCGGGAGCAAACCAACCUCUCCCGACAGCAAGAUGAUGGGGGGCAUGCAGCCCCUGGCUGCACCGUUUGGCACCGAUAACGGUUCGUCCUGGGAAAGAGAUGGUAGAUUUUCCCCCAAUAAGGAGAAGAUGUCUCCUGAUGAAGUUGCCGAUGAGCUUGGUGGUCUGUCCAUGACCAACAAAUACAAGCGAACGUGUUAUGAGAAGAAGGCUCCUCCGGUCAGCAUGUCCAAGCUGCUGAGUCAUGGCUAUGUCGAGGACAAGAAGAAGUCUCCUAAUGAUGACGAUGCCUCAAGUGUGACCUCAGAUCAGACCAGCACCGUUGAGACGGAGGACAAUGGCGACGACCUGGAGUAGUGCAUACAGGUUCUGGUCUCGAGGGAAACGGGGGUCGUCCCAACACUGGUUUAUGGUUUCCACAAAUCCACGAACACACCGCUCCGCCCCUCUCGGUUUCACUCGCAUCUAUUGUACAUCCACUGACUGUUAGGUUUUGUACUCAUGUUUAUGCAAAGGUACUGCUCUUUUUAUUUAUUUGCUUUCAUCUGUAAAAAAAAGUAUUCACACAGAUUUUGUUGAGUAGAUUGUGUCCGUUGUGCUCGCGGUAUUUGUUAUCUGUGUUGUCGUUUCUCGAUUUGAAAGACGAGUUGUGCACAGGGCAGGAAACUAACGAAUGUUGGGUCCAUAGGGUUGAGUGAAAAAUAACUAUUUCCCCAGCUAGUUAGCUAGACGGCUGUGCCAGCCGAAAGCUUUUUUUUUGACUGGUGUUAGUUUCCUUCCCUGGUUGUAUGAAGAUCGAGCUAGUGAAGUUAAAAAAUGUUAGUGCUAAUGAAAUGUGGUUCCAGUGACGUGAAAUAUAAUUUGUUUUGAUCGAGGGUUCCUGCUCUCUGAAGGGAUGUUCAGAGUUUUUUUUUUUUUGUGUUUUCGACUGUGGGGGGGGGGUGGAAACAAUCAUUCGUUGAGACAGCCACCCUGCAGCUGUGACCACAUGCCAAAGUGUGUACUGAUGGCCACAGCCGCCGUGCUUUGUUUGGUUCAAGGGCCAAAGAUGAUUUUUUUUUUUGUUUUUUUUUGUAAGGUUGCUGCUCUGCAAAAGGUCUCUACUAAACCACCCACAUUUCUGUUGUUUUUGACUCCGUAAAAAUCGAACAUGCCUCGUUUUAUUGUGCAUUUUUAUGAAAGCUUUUACUCCCAAUUAUCAUAAUAAAAGCCAAUUUGGAAGAAAAAUACCUCGUGUUGAAACACUAAAUUAACUCGUGAUGUUUACACGGCUAUUUUGAACACUAUCGGGUGCUGCAAGAUCAAUUUCCUCGCCACUGUUUAUUAGGAAGUAAAUCGCUAAUAAUGCCAAGUGUUUCGAUGGCAGUCCAAGUAUCUCAGAAGCGUGCUAAUGUUCUAACUGAAUUGGGUCAACUCUACAUGUUAAAGCUCUCCAGUGUUCACUUAAUUGCGUUCUCAUUCAGCCCGGUAAACCCGAAACUCGUGCAACAACCCAUAAGUAUUCUAGGAAAUUUAAGGGGAAAUGGCCACCUUUAGCAGACUGCCAAGCUGAAAGUCCGGUCCAGUGUAUUUCCCUGUGAAGAUUAAGGCGUGAUUUAUGCUGCUGCGUUAAAUCUACGCUGUAGCUUACGGCGAAAGCUCUGCAUGGAGCCUCUGCAGAAUCAUGAAUCACGCUUAAGGCGGACAACUUUUAAAAAACAAAGUGAGUUCUGAACGUGCCAACCAAGCAGUUUUUUUUUGUCUGCUCAUGCAGUGUUUUGACUUUAUAGACAUCAGUAGGAGAACUUAGUGUUAGUGUACAGCCCGAUCACACCAAAACCCUCCAUUAAUGUCGUGUUUAUCCAUCUGAUGGGAGUUUAUUCAGUUAAGAUGAGAGAAAUGGUUACUGGUACAGCAUUGUUGCAUAUGAAAACUUUCCGUUUCUGAAGCAGUGGAAAAGCCUGCUCAUCGAGUGGUUAAGAUAUUCUAAAAACAUACUUAUAGAAUAAAGGUCUGUCUCGAAUAAAAGUCUGCCAACCAGAGACAAGGAUGUCCUCUACAUCUGCGAUAUUCAUUCUUUUAAAAACAAAAAAACUUAGAUUUUUAGAUUAGUAUUAAAAGUUCCUUUUUUUAUUAGUAGUAAUCACUCUCAGUAUUGCUAGCGACAGUAGCUAGGAAGCUCAUUGUCUCAUAAUGAGCAAAUGUCGAUUUUAGCAACAACUUAAUUAAGCUUAAUUGCUAAUCGGUUAAUACAUUCCAUCUAUUUUCUUCCACCAGUCUGCAUCCCGUUUGCGUUCAUUUGAUUGAUUCUAUCAUUAGGAUUUAUUGAUGUAUACUGCUGGAAUUUUUUGCGGAUGUUUGAUAACGAUUUUUAAGCCUCAUCCUCCCUACUGGUUUCCAUCAUACUUUGACACUUCAGUGAGUCAAUCCAGUACGAUUGUGAAACGGGUGGCAAAUGUAACUCGUGUGGUAUUAAUUAGGGCUUCAAUUUACCCUCGUUAACCUCUGCAGAAACACUUUUCAACAGAAGUGUGCCUUUUGUUUUACUGUUUACUUUGCAGAAAUCCCGAUUUUUUUUAAGUUCACACACAUACAAGUUUAGAGUGCUCACACAGUUGGCCUUACUGCUCCGAAACCACCGCAGACAAUGGGAGUCAUUAUUCCACCUCUUUGUCCCCUGCUUAUUUGUGGGGUUGCGUAUUUCGUUUGUCAGUCAGGAUAUCUCAAAAAAAAGGUAAUAGAUUUCAUUCCUGUGACAUUUCUAGACAGUUCAGCCUUGAGUCAUUUAACAGUUAUAUAAUUUCUUCGCCGUAACGGUGAACCUGCACAGUGACAGUAAAAUCCUAAUCCUACAGGGACAUUUGUCGGGCGGAGAAAAUGCUCUUAAAAAUGAAAAGACGAGGAAUGAAUUAUUUGGGCGUAUAACAGCAAGAUUAAAGCUCUGAGUCUGUUCCCGUAAAUCCAACACGUUCAUCACCUUGCGUCUCAGAAAUGAUGCAGCAGUAACAGACUUGUUUGUUUGUUUGUCACUUUGUUUCCAACACUAUAUAUUUACGCAAUGAUGAUGCAUAAUUGAUCUGUAUGUGGUAUUAAACGUUGUCAAGUGUUCAAAACUAGACGCACUGGAUUUUAUUUUGCAGUAGACGAAAUGGCGAAUGUAUCAUCUUCUUUUGAUAUGGUUUGCUUUGAAGAAGGUUUAUUUGUAUGAACUGUUUAAAUAUAGGUAUCAUUAUAUUCAGGUAUAGUAUUUACAGUUAAAAAAUAGUUUUUGGUCACGUUGCUUCCUCUUCUCCCAGUGUGAGUUGGUGGCGUAUCCGUUUACAAACCAAUAGCGGGAACCUUUAGUGGCUUAACUCUGGCAAAGUCCUCCAUGAAGUGGUAUUAUUUCAUUUUUUUGUAAAUGAAAAUGUACCGGAAGAGACUGAAGAAGGAAGCUUUAAACGGAAGAUCCCUCAAGUGUUUGUAGUGAGGGGAAAUCCACCUAACGACUCAAUGUAAGACCCCGCUUAUCCUGAUGACUGCACACAAAACUCUCAAUUAUCCUUCAAUAAAUGGGCAUGUGCAUGUA